CCACAGCCCUUACUCUUCUGUCUUCAAUUAAUAAUGAGCCGUCCACUUAAAGAACGCGUUGCUAAGAUCACAUCUAUGAAAGAUGUCGAAAAACAAUAUAGCAUGAUACCCAAGCUUUUUAAAGAAAAAGAAACAGAUUCUAAUUGGGAAGGAAGACUCGAAGUCUUUAAAAAUUUGCGCGAAAUCCUCCGUUGCUCAGAACUUCUUUCUGAGCAUAAGGAGGAUAUUAGCGCCGGCCUCUGUAAAGAAUUGCCGGGCCUCGUCCAAGCAGUUCAAAGCCUCCGAAGCUCAGUAGGUAUUGAAGCCCUGGCUUUUUUAACUGAGCUCAGUAAAAAGCUGGGCCAAACACUUGAUCAACGCACCGUCGUUGUUAUCGUUGACGCGAUGUUAAAGUGCAGCGUCAGCACAAAAAAAUUAACAAUGCUGAAGCUUGCUGAGGCAUCCGAAGAAUUCUAUAAAAGCACCAACUUCCACCUCUCCGUGCUUUUUAAGUUGUGUAAAACAAGAACCGAUAAAAGUGUACAGCUCCGUCAAUAUGCAUGUACGAACAUCAAAAUCAUCUUGGAGACACAUGCAUCCAAAAAACAUGUCAAAAGAAUCAUCGAUACGACCACUGGACUCUCCACCAUCGAAGCAUUCUUAAAAACCGGUCUUUCGGAUGCUUCACCUAUUGUAAGGGAAUCCUGUAGAGUAUUAUUCAAGACAUAUAAUAAGUUAUGGCCUGACAACGCUGGCACACUUUGUCAAUCAUUGGACUCAGCUACUCAAAAACAGUUACAAAAGACGGUACCCGUUCUGCGAUCUGUUAGAGCAUCCACCGCAUCACCAAAUACACGAACUGGAUCUCAAACACCCUCACCCACCACCUCCAAAGUGCUUUUAAAAACCAAGACACCCUCGCCAACCACCUCCAAAGAAAAUAUACCUCGCCCCAAGACACCAUCACCCACCGGGUCCAAUCUGCUCGCAAACUCAAAGACACCCUCACCCACUACUUCCAAAGCGCCCUCACCAACCACCUCUAAACGAAUUGUACUUCGCCCCAAGACACCAUCACCCACCACGCCCAACCUGCUUCCAAAACCAAAGACACCCUCUCCUACGACUUCGAAGCUGCUCCUGAAACGCAGGACACCCUCGCCAAUUUUAUCACGAGCAGCCAUGAAACCAACUGUAGCGAUUAAGGCAGCUAAAGAGGCUAAAGAGGCUAAAGAGGCCAAAGCAGCUGAAGCGACGAAAGAAAUGAACAAGUCUGCCGAGGAAGCGUCUCUUUUGCUUGGGAUGCUCAAGAACGACGAUCCGCAAGUCCAAUGUAACGGCUUAAAAAUAUUGGCAUCUAGAUUAAAGACAGUAGAAUACUCGCCAACAUCUGCUGGUACCAACUUACCGGCUAAUGUACCGAACAAGAUGGACUUGCUGAAUAUUCUGAUGGAUUUGUUGACAAGAAAUGAUCGGGAUAGAGCAGUGUAUGAAGCCUUAAUGGGAUGGGAAAGUAUCGCAGGUAUUUUUAUGUAUAUCAUGGCAUUCAACUACUACUGCCCAACGCUUGUGAUUGCUGCACAUCAACGACUUGAAAAACCAGCCAAAAUCACUGAAAUCAAUCAGAUAUACAGCAAAGGAUUAAAACGCGUAAAGAUGUUUUUAAAGCGAAAUGAUCCCUUGUUGGCUAAACGAUUAUUGGACAUGCUGGAAUCACUUAAAGGCGAUCAAAAACUGUUAGAUGCAAGCGUCAAGCAAGACUUUUUAUUGAAUCCAUCCUACAAGCAGGCCUUGCAAUGUGGUUUAUUAGCUUGGAUGAACGAAAUCUUGGGAGAUUAUGUUGGUUUGGCAGAGGAUGAGGAUCCCGAGACAUUAAAAGAAGGUGAAGGUUUCUUGGAUGUCGUGAACGGUGGAUCGUGUGCUGAAGAAUGGUUUGAUUCCUCACAGAACAUUCAGUCUUAUGUCGCUUUUGUUAUUGGAUCAUUGUUGGAUACAAGCAGUCUGGAAGAAUCGUAUCCUUUACUCUGUAGCAUGGCCCAAAAAUUAAAAUUGGCAAAUCCUAGAGUAUUUGCUAAUGAGACCGUCAAUUCUGAAAAUCAGGUACGCAUUGAGACUGCCUUGAUGCCACCCGUGAUUACAGACAAGAAGCCCUUGGCACGCUCUGCUCCGUUUGACGAUGAUUUGCACGUUGAGAAAAAACGACGUCAAAUCUCUGCAUAAUGGAUGAAUCAAUAUAAUACUGCGUAGAAAUCAAACGAAUCACAACAACAAAGAGACGAACAAUAUAACUAUCAAUGCGUAUUAAAAUAGGAAUUACUGUCACCCUUGAACAAAUCACUGCAGCUAUUGCUAGCGACAUCAACACCAAUUAGAAAAACAUUGCUGCUAAACGAUACAAGACCUUGGGUCUCACUCUUGUCA